UCUCUCUCGCUUGUGCUGCGUACAUUCUUGUGCUUUGCGGGUCGCCGUACAGUAUUGCUCUGCUGCAGCAGAAGCUAAAUUACAUCUGUAUGCACUCAAUUUAAUCAGGGUCAAGCCAGAUCUGAGAUAGAAUGGAUGGAAGAGGGAUAUCUACCUAUUGUUUCAUGUUGUAGUACUAGUGCUUGCAUGUUCUGCUAACAUUGUACUAUUGCUUGUACUGCGUGGCCUAUGCCAUUAGGUAAUUUGUUUGAUUCUGGAAGAAGAAGGUGACAUCGAUAAGUUUAAAGGUUACAAACCAUCGGCUGCAGAUGUAUCAAAGGCUAAGCGGGAACCUCCCAAGCCUAACAAUGAGGUCCAACUGUCAAGUGUAAAAGGCACCGGUCCUGACGGUGGUAUUCUGAAGGCAGACAUUGAAGAUUACUUGGCUUCUGUAGCCAAGGGUGGCAAGAGCGAGUCUUUUGCAGCUUCAGGAUUAGCUUGCACUGAUAUUCCAAAUGCGCAGAUAAGAAAGGUUACUGCAGACCGCCUCUUAGCCUCUAAACAAACCAUCCCACAUUACUACUUGACAGUUGACACACCCGUCAACAAACUUAUCAAGUUGCGAGGGGAACUGAACCCACUGCAGGAAGCAUCUGGUGGAAAGAAGAUAUCUAAAGACCUUGUUAGAAAGGAUGCAGACAAGACAGGACUUGCUACAAUCGGUGAGGAGGUGAAGCGGUUGGCUCAAAGAGCGAGGGAUAACAGCUUAAAACCACAAGACUAUGAGGCAUUUAGUGAUUUUCCAGAUUUUGUCUGUAGUGAUAGGGGAGGCUACCCUGGGUCUAAUAAUGGAAAAUGCAAUUAUAUCUCGAAGAUGAAUUUUUAUCUCAGGGCUGGUUCCAUGAGUGAUGAUGUGAUACUAGUUUCUGAUGGAGAUGAAUCAAGUAAUUAUUCUCUUCGAUUUGAAGAGUUAAAGGGUUUUAAGAAUUCCUCCAACAGCUCAAAGGGCCUAGUGCAGAAGAUAGACAGCGACUAUUAUACUGAGGGAGUUUCUCAAGUGUUUAUAUAUCUUUGUGGCUCAACCAUCUCUCAUCAACAAAAUCUUUACACUUCAAAUGUGAAUAUGCUGAUGAAAGCAGCAUGUGAUAAAGUGGGUGUAAAAUCGAAUGAUUUUUACUCAACUUUUUGUGGAAAAGUUUUGCAUCCUGAGCAACUUUUAUCAUAUUAUCACGUAAAGAAGGAUUCCACAAUCAGAAUUAAUUCAAGACUAAGAGGUGGCUGUUCCUCAAACUGGGAUGCAAUAAUUAGUGGUUUGGGUCUCUUCCGCUUGCACACCGUGUCUAUACCACAAGCGCUAUUUCUCCCGUCCCUGGCCAACCAAGGUUCAGUAGUAGAGGUGAAGUACUUGGGAGAAGUUCUGCAAUUCUGUUCUCGAAAGGUGCUGAUCCAUUUAUGCAGAAGGCAUUUCAGUGGAGUAUGCUUCGGUGGAGAAUUUACUUCAGAGCAGAUUGUGUUUGAUGAGGACGGGAAUGUCAAAAUCAAUGCUGCCCGGAAACAGUACACCAAAAUAUUGGCUGUUCUUGACUACAACAGACUAUAUGACAUAUUUGACAAAGCGUUUAAAGAUGAAGGCAACAGACAGCCUAUUCAUACCUUAAAUUUGCUUAGUUUUCUGCACAGUCCUCCUCCUGCAAUUGACCCCCAAAGCGAUUCUAUCAUCGCAUACUUGACCAAUCACAUGGCACUCCUGUCCCACACCGAGCGUAUUGCUAUCAGCGCUCUUCUGGAUCUGUUGUUUUCAAGGCUUGAUAAGGAAGAUAAGGAGCUGUUCAGAACUUACCUUAAGUUUGUUAAAUGGACUGCUAAGGUGCAAUUUAUUCCAGCAAUGAAUACCAUCUACAACCACUUUAAACAUAUGAACAAAAAGAAAAAAUUUGUCCCGUACGAGGAUAACAGAAUCAGUUUACUCCGUUUUUCUACAAACUUCUUCAAGCAUUCCCCAAAAUUCUCUCCAGAGGAGUUAGAGGCUGCGUUCUCCUUCUUCACGGCAUCGGAGAGUUUCAUAGCGCAGCUGGUGUACGAUGCUCUAGUGACUUUUAAAGAUGGGCAGAAACCCUGUACUGCCAAAGUCCAUGAAUUUGUGGACCGAGUUAUUGCGAUGCUUGGAAAGAACACAAUUGGUUGUACCAAGGGUUGAGUUGGUGAAGGAUGAAAAGCAUCGCUUCAACUGUUCUGGGGAGAAACAGCUCAGUAGGGGAGUAGGGGGAGCGGCUGUAAUGCCUUGGGGCUUCGGCUGCCUAGGCAGACUAUCUGUUUCACCGUUGAUUCUGAUUGUAAGAACGGCCUGCAUGGAAUGCAUCGAGUGCCUGAUGUCUAAUGAGCAUAAUGCCACUACACUUUAUUUCCCAUGAGAGUUUUCUGUGUCGAAGAAAGGUGAUUUGCUCUCUUUUGACUGGAGAA